AUGAACGAAGAGACCGAAACCAAGGAUGCGGUGAAGGAUGUCAUCGAGGAGGAGUCUUCGAGGUCCUCGACAGGUGAAGCUCGUGAAGCACGCCGACAGUCGCACACUGAAUCGGAGGACACCAAGUCACCGCCGCCAUCGCAACCAGAGAAGCAACCAGAAGAUAAAACACAGGAAGAGGUUACUCAAUCCGCAGAGGAAGAAUAUCCAGAGGGAGGCACACGAGCUUGGCUCGUAGCUGCCGGUACAGCAAGUAUUUUGUUCUGCUCCCUAGGAUACACCAACUCUUUCGGUGUCUUCCAAGCAUACUACAUGCGCAACCAACUGCAAGACCACACCCCUGAUGAGAUCUCCUGGAUUGGCUCAAUUCAGGCAUUUCUUGUGUUCGCAUCAGGAGCCAUUGGUGGCCCGAUAUUUGAUAGAUAUGGCGCCUGGAUCAUUCGUCCCGCGGCGGUUGUGUACAUUUUCUCAGUCAUGAUGACCAGUUUGUGUCACGAGUACUGGCAGUUUAUACUUGCACAAGGCGUGCUCAGCGGCAUAUCGAACGGGUUGAUUAUGUUUCCCGCGAUGGCCGCAACGCCCCAAUACUUCUUAAAGAGAAGGGGAGCAGCAAUGGGUAUUGCCAUCGCAGGUUCUUCAUUAGGCGCAGUCGUUUUUCCCAUCGUGCUCUCGGAGUUGCUGGACACUAUCGGAUUCGGCUGGUCUGUUCGAGUCUGUGGGUUCAUCAUGAUGCCGGUCCUACUCUUUUCGUCACUCACGGUCAGGGCCCGUCUCCCUCCGCGAAAGAGUCGUUUCUUCAUCUUUACAGCAUUCCAGGAACCUCUCUAUCUUUGCCUGGUCGGCGGCGUGUGCCUCAUGUUCGUCGGCAUGUUUGUCCCGCUCUUCUACUUACCAACGUUUGGUAUCGACCACGGUAUGCGCCCUGCGCUGGCUUCGUAUCUCGUCGCCAUCAUCAACGGCGCCUCGGUCCCUGGGCGCAUUGUGCCCGGGAUCCUGGGUGACAAAUUCGGUCGUAUCAACACACUAUUCACUGCAGGACUUCUCACCGCCGUAUUGAUUCUGUGUUGGCCGAAGGCUGUCACGCAAGCCAGCAUUAUCGGGUUCUCUGCGGCCUACGGCCUCACGUCAGGCGCCAUCAUCUCAGGUGGUUCAGUGGUGUUCACAUUAUGUCCGAAAACACCCAAGGAUAUUGGCACCUACAUGGGAAUGGGUAUUGCUUUUGCGUCUAUGGCCGUGUUGGUUGGGCCUCCCGUCAGCGGCGCGCUGCUGAAUCGGUAUCACGGAUAUAACCAAAUUUCUAUCUUCGGUGGUGUCGUUUGCAUGGCGGGGACUAUCCUCGCACUUUGCGCGAAGCUGUUCACGAAAGAGGGCCUCCUGGGGGUUAUUUAA